AUGACGCCAAGACCAAUUGUAUAUUUAUCAAUCGAAAAAGAUUAUUCAUCUACAAAAAGUAAUAAGUCGAUUUCAAUGUUAUUAGUCGAUAAGGAACGUAAGAUGCGCGGUAAAAGAAGUACAAGCAUCAAAACGAGAGCUUCGAGAGAAACUUUGCAAGAAUAUAUUUAUUCUAAAUGUAAGAAAUCUAUAAAAGCCAGUUCGCUUGAACAAUAUUUGCAGCAUAUUCAAGCGUAUAACAUUGCCCUUGGCUUUGGUUGGGAUGUUCGCGUAUUUGAUCCAAUCAUCAAAAAAGCUAUAGACGAAUUAAGAAAUUACGAACAAAUGACUCUUUUAAAGACCGGAAAUAACUUUCCGGUCUAUUCAAGUCAAUUUCAACAACCUACUUUAAUAGAUUCUGCAAUCUCGCAACAAUUAGAUCUUGAAUCUAAUUCUUUGGAUUCUAACUUUAAUUCAACACCGGAUUUUACCUUAUUUACUAUCGAAGAUAUUACAAUGAACGAUGAAAUUUUAAAUGAACGGCGAUCUCCAUUUUACCACCAUGGUGGUACUAAUUUUAAUACGCAAACAUUUUCAAGUUAUCAGACAUUGUCUGAAAAUUUAACUAAUCAUCAAGAAAUUAACUAUUUUGAUAAUUAUGCUUAUGAAUAUACGUUAGACACUUAUGCGAAUAAUUUUUUCGUUGAGAAAGUAGAUGGCUUAAGUGGUGAGGAAAAUGUUCAAGCAUCGAAUAUGGAAGAAUCAAGCAAUAUUAUGAAAUCGUUUGAAAUAAACACCAUUAAGAAACCUUUUAAUGUAAAGUCUCGAUUUAAAUGGACUAAAAAAAGCACCAAGUUAUUACUCUCCUUCUUGAAAGAACAUAAGGAAGAACUAAAAGAACUAGUAGAAAAGCGUGGCGGUAGUGGAAAUAAUAAAAAAGAGCUCUGGGAGUGCGCCUCAAUUAGGGUAUCCGACAAUCAAAACCAGUAUAUUCCUGAGCCUGAACAGUGUGAAUACAAAUGGAAAAAUAUUAAGCAAGCUUGCAAGCGUAACCCUGAUUAUCAGUAUAAGUUUGAAGUUGAAGAAAUACUUAACUAA